AUGUUUCUGGUUAUUUUAAUACCUUUAUGUUUAUUGGUUGUUAUCAUUAAUUAUGUUUUCAAUUACUAUCAAAGAUCCAAAUUAAUUUCAAAAUAUAAAUGUAAACCAAUUACCCAAUUGCCUACCAAAACUAUAUUAGGUAAACUUGGUAUCGAUGCUUUAUUCAAUCAAGAAAAGACUAAAAAAAGUGGUACUUUCCAUGAAGAUUUAUAUUCAACUUUUAAGUCGCUUAAAACUACAACUUUUCAAAACACCCUACUUUUUCAAAAUCAAGUCAUGACUAUUGAGCCAGAAAACAUUAGAUUAUGUACUUCUUCUGCUCAUUUUAAUGAUUGGAAUAUUGGUUGGAGAUCUUUGGCAUUUGAACCAUUAUUAGGUAAUGGAAUUUUUUCAAGUGAAUCAGGACCAAAAUGGAAACAUUCAAGAAUGAUGUUAAGACCAAUAUUUGCCAAAGAACACUUAAAACAAAUUACAGAAAUGGAACAAUAUACUCAAUCAAUUAUAAAGAUAAUUAAACUUAAAAAUGGUGUUUCAUUCGAUCUUCAACAAUUAUUUAAUAAUUUUACAAUUGAUUAUGCUACGAAUUUCUUAUUUGGUGAGAGUUGUGAUCUGUUAAAAGAUCUAUUAGGGGAAAUAUCUACUUCUACAAUUGACAAAGAUUUGAAAAAUUCAUUUGCGGAAGCAUUUAAUGUCAGUCAAGAUUAUUUAACAAAAAGAGCUUCUCUUGGUCCAUUUAUGUUUUUAUGUAAUGAUUCAAAAUUCAAAGAGGCUAAUAAAAUUCAGCAUGAAUUUGUUAGUUAUUACGUUAACAAAGCUAUCAAUUUAUCAGAAAAAGAAUUAAUUGAUGAUUCCAAAAGUUAUACUUUUUUAUAUCAAUUAGCUAAACAAACUAAUGAUCCACAAGUUUUACAAGAUGAAUUAUUGAAUAUUUUAUUAGCUGGAAGAAAUACAACAGCAAGUUUAUUAUCAUUUUUAUUUUUUGAAUUAGCUCAUAAUCCAAAAAUAUUUCAGAAAUUAAAAUCAGAAAUUCUUAAAUAUUAUCCAGAUGUUAAUUCAAUCACUUUUGAAUCAUUACAAUCUUGUCAAUAUUUAAAGUUUGUAAUUAAUGAAACAUUAAGAUAUAAUCCAUCAGUACCAAUAUCUACAAGAACAGCAAGUAAAUUAACUAUUUUACCUAAAGGUGGUGGUUCCGAUAAUGAAUCACCAAUUUUAAUUGAAAAGGGAACUAGAAUUGUAUUUCCAUUAUUUGUUUCCAAUAGAAAUGAAAAAUACUUUGGAGAAAGAACUAAUGAAUUUAUUCCUGAAAGAUGGGAAAAUUUACCUGCAAAUGGUGGAAUUGCAUUUAUGCCAUUUAGUACUGGUCCUCGAUUAUGUUUAGGUCAACAAUUUGCAUUAAUUGAAACUAGUUAUUUAACAAUUAGAUUCUUACAAGAAUUUAAUCAAUUGGAAAUUGUUGAUGAUGUUUAUCCACCUUUAAAGACAGCCAAUGCAUCAAUGAGAUUAUUAGAUGGAUGUAAUGUGAUAUUUACCUGA